CCUUCAAAAUCCACCCACCAAUCUCUGAGAAAUCCCUUCAAAACCCAACCCAACCCAAACCUCUUAACCCAUAUACACAAAUCUCCACAUAAAAACAUGCAUUCAUGAGUUGGGUCUUGACCAAAUAUCUUAUCCGGCGGGGUGGUGAACGUGAAUGUGAAUGGGUUGUCUGGUCUCUCAUCUCGCUGCGAAAUUCGCAUUCUUUCCUCCAUCUCCCCCAACCUAUCAGAUCAAGACACGUGGCGACUCCACUCCGGUUGCUGUCUACACAUCCAACUCUAUACCCCUCACUGAUGAAGAAGGCUCACUUGAUGUGUUGUUGUUAGACACCAAAAGUGGCAACAAGAUUGUUGCUUUUUAUCUCAAGAACCCAUAUGCAAGACUCACAUUGUUGUACUCUCAUGGCAAUGCUGCUGAUUUGGGUCAACUGUUUGACCUUUUUCUUCAACUUAAAGCUAAUCUCAGAGUCAAUCUCAUGGGGUAUGAUUACUCAGGCUACGGGGCGUCUACUGGCAAGCCAAGCGAGAGUAAUACAUACGCAGACAUAGAGGCAGUAUACGAGUGUCUUCAAACGGAGUAUGGAGUUAGCCAGGAAGACUUAAUUUUGUACGGACAGUCGGUUGGAAGUGGGCCCACGCUGCACUUGGCUGCUAAGCUGCCAAGGUUGAGAGGAGUGGUGCUUCACAGUGGCAUUCUUUCUGGCCUUCGUGUUGUUUGUCACGUGAAGUGCACACUUUGCUUUGAUAUAUACAAGAAUGUUAACAAGAUUCGCAAGGUGAAGUGUCCCACACUUGUGAUACAUGGAACCGAAGAUGAAGUAGUGAAUUUGCUACAUGGUAACGGGCUAUGGAAAAUGGCUAAGGACGCGUAUGAACCGUUAUGGAUCAAAGGAGGUGGCCAUUGCAACCUAGAACUUUACCCUGAGUACAUUCGCCAUCUUUGUCGGUUCAUCCAUGAAAUGGAAACCAUCACCACCAAGACGCGACUCUCAAAGAUCAAGCCCACUCUACGCUUACCAAAAAAGUCAAAGUCAAACCGCGACACUCCAUCUUCUUGUACUAAUCCAUGUGGCUGCUGUUGUAUAAAAACCAGGCAGGCCGAGUGUUUGAAAUGUCCGAGACCUCCCUGUCUGAAAUGCUCAGAUUGUUUCAAAGCGACCUGUUGUAUACUGAACUGGAAAUGUGGAUGUUGUUUGUGGCGGAAACCUACAUGCUCAGAUGUGAAGUUACCAAAAUGCCCUGCUUGUUUGCGAUGUGGAUGCUUUGCGUGUUCACGCAACUGCAUAAACUGUUCGUGUUGGUGAUAUAGUUUUGUUUUCAUUAUGGAGGCGGCGGGGGUAUACGGGUGGAGCAGGAAACUGGAUAAACUGUAACUUAAUUGUUUGUAUAGAUUUGCUGUCUGUUCAAAAACUUGGGUUAUUAUCUAGGAAAAAUGUUGUAAGCGUUCGUGAUAUUCGAAAUCUGUAUCUGGAAGUGGUUGUUAGAGGCUGAUUAUUUUUGGUUC